AUGUCAGUCAAUACAUACAACAUCAGGCGCAAGGCGCACAACGUCAGUCGCUCCAGCACCGAUCAGACCUGGAAUCCGUUUCGCCGUGUCGCCUGGAAACAAAACCGCAGAGGCACAUGGGCGCACGACAGCAACACCCGCGAUCUCGAAGCCGACGCCGACGGACCCCGUCUCACCCACGCCCAAACCGCGCCUCAGCAAACGACACAUUCGUCCACGGCCGACCCGACCCGGGAUCCGGAGCUCACUCAAGUCACUGAGGAGCGAUCAAUCGGCAACGACCAUGGCGCAACGAACGGCUUGGCCCCUGCCAGUGCUGCCGCCGUCAGAAACCGUAAACCCGGGGAUGAAGCUUUGAAAGCCGUCAACAGUCACCAGGACGAAGACGAGGACGUCAAAGAGAGAAAGGCGGCUAAGCCGAACGCGCUGUAUCGUCCCGUUCAUCCCAAACAGCCGUUCACGCUUGGCAACCAGAUAAAGCGCACAAUCUUUGGCUCUUGGAUCAACCUUUUGAUCAUUUGUGCUCCCGUUGGCAUUGCUCUCAACUACGUCCCCAGUGUUAGUCGAACCGUCAUCUUCGUCGUCAACUUCAUCGCCAUCAUUCCGCUCGCUGCUAUGCUGAGCUUUGCUACCGAAGAGAUUGCCCUGCGUACUGGUGAGACGUUGGGAGGUCUCAUCAAUGCCACAUUUGGCAACGCUGUUGAGCUCAUUGUCGCCGUUAUUGCUCUUAUCAAGGGCGAAAUUGUCGUCGUGCAGACGUCGCUCGUUGGAUCUAUUCUCUCCAAUCUGUUGCUGGUCAUGGGCUUUUGCUUCUUCUUUGGCGGUCUGCGCCGUACCGAGCAAUAUUUCAACACCACUGUCGCGCAAACCGCUGCAUCUAUGCUCGCCCUUGCCGUCGCCUCGGUCAUUGUGCCGACCGUCUUUGAACUCAAGACCAAGGCAGAUCAAAAUGAAAUUGCGAAGCUGUCGCGCGGUACCGCCGUCAUUCUGCUUCUGGUGUACUUUGCCUAUCUGUUCUUCCAACUCCAUACCCAUCUCGAUGUCUUCAACGAACAAAGCCAAAAGGUUGCUGCAAGGCCGUGGACUCAUGGGCAUACUCUUAAAGAGGGCUUCUCUCACAUGCCUGGUGCCAGUGCUUUCAGGCGCGGCCAUGGUACUUCCAGCCAAGAAGAGCAGAUCCUGGCUGCGGCGCCAGUCGAGAACCAGGAACUCUCCCAAGAGGAGGAAGAUGAGGACGAGGAGGAUCCUCAGCUGCACUUUUAUGUUGCCAUUGCCACACUCCUUAUCUCUACUGUUAUUAUCGCGCUUUGUGCCGAAUUCAUGGUCGACUCGAUUGACCAUCUGACCAAAACUACAGCUCUGCGAAAAGAGUUUGUCGGCCUCAUUCUGCUGCCUAUUGUCGGUAACGCUGCCGAACACGCCACUGCAGUGACGGUUGCCAUCAAGGAUAAGAUGGAUCUUGCUAUUGGUGUUGCCGUUGGAUCUAGCAUGCAGGUGGCUCUAUUCCUCAUCCCCCUCCUCGUUAUCAUCGGCUGGGGCCUCGGAAACGAGUACAUGGACCUUAGCCUGGACGAGUUCCAAGUGGCCGUCAUGUUUGUCGCUGUGCUCCUCACCAACUACCUGAUUGGUGAUGGCAAGAGUCACUGGCUGGAAGGUUUCUUGCUGAUAUGCCUUUACGCCAUUAUUGCCACCUGUUCAUUCUUUUAUCCCGACGACGCUAGCGAUGGCCGCACUGGCUAA